AUGUUGGAGAAUAAUAGUGAUAUAUUAAGUAAUACAACGAUUCCUCUAAUUACAUAUGUACCAAGAAAUAAUCCUAUAACAUAUUAUUUUGUGCCUAUUUAUGCAAUACUUUUUUGUACGGGAACAUUUGGUAAUGGUUUAGUUUUUAUUAGUAUUAUACGUUCAUCACGUCUUCGUACAGUUACCAAUACUUAUUUAUUUCAUAUAGCUAUAGCGGAUUUUCUGCUUCUUUUAAGUAUCCCAUUUCUUAUUGUAACAAUACUUGCAAAUGGAUGGAUAUUUGGAAAUGUAUUAUGUAAAAUGUAUUAUAAUUUUAUACAUAUAAAUCAAUAUGUUAGUUCAUUAUUAUUGGCUGCUUUAUCAUUUGAUCGAUAUUUAGCUGUUUGUCAUCCAGUUCGUGCAAUUGAAUUUCGAACAAGAACUAAAUCGGCAUUAAUUAUAGCAGGAUGUUGGCUUAUCUCUGUUCUUUUUCUUUGUCCAACAUGGGUAUUCGCAACUGUCACUUCCGAGCGACACAUCGUUUGGUUUGGAUAUCGAGUACAGAAAUGUGUUAUCGAUUUUCCGGCUAUAAUAUUUACAAUUCCUCCAGAAAUUGUAUUUACUUAUUAUGGAUUUUUACUUGGCUUUCUUUUUCCAGUAUCAAUGAUAACAACAUUUUAUGUUCUUGUUCUUAUACGUCUUCAUCAGAUACGUCGAAAACAUCAAUCAGAAUUUAAGCAACGUUCGCACAGGAAAGUAACACGUGUUGUUUUAGCUGUUAUAACAGCUUAUUUUAUUUGUUGGGUACCCUAUUGGUUUUUACAAAUCUUUAUAACAAUUGAUCCAUUAAUUCAUUCAUUACGUUUACAUUUUUCUAUUUUGCCAGCAAAUACAAAUAUGCGUUUUCUUAAAGAAUUAACACAUUUGACAACAAUAAUUGGUUACGCAAAUAAUUGCCUGAAUCCAGUCUUAUAUGUUUUUCUAUCUGAUACAUUUCGUGAAGAAUAUUUAAUAGUUCUUAAUUGUUUUCAAUCGACUAGAACAACUCGUAGCAAUAAUAUAAAUCACGGACUUAUUCAACGACCAGAAAAGAAAUCAAAAGUAAAUUACCGGAAGCCAAGCACAAUAGAAAAACGUCGUGAAAUAGCAAUGAAAAAAGUCAAACAUAGUAUUUUUAUUGAUGAUAUGCCUGCAGAAUAUCGUUCAUUUGCAUUUGGUCGUCGUCGCUCGAAUGAUCAAAAACGACCCUCGACUUCAUCAAUGCCACAACCAACUAGCGAAUAUGAUGAUACACCAUCAUCUCGUAAAGCAUCUACAAGUCGACCAGCAUUUUUAAAUAAUAAAUCAAGUAGUUCCCCAACUAUGAGAUUAACACUCAAUACACCGACGAAUUCUGCUCAAGUAACAACAUCAAUCAGUGAUGACGGUGGUGUUUAUUGUGGUAGUUAG